CGGCAAGGAGUUGACUCGGUGUCUUUUCUGCGAUAUCGAUCGAAGGAGUUUGCUCCAGACACACAUUUAGCCUAGAAUAUUUAGCGUUUUUUAAUUCGACCGCUGAGCGGAAUUUGCUGCCUUUUUAGUUCCACCGAAAUUGUGAUUUUGCCUGUUUUGUGUCGCUGAAUAAUUUACCGCAAAGAUGACUACUUGGUUGCCAAUGGAAUCUAAUCCCGAUGUGAUGUCCAGUUAUAUCCAUAAAUUGGGCGUAUCGAAGGACUGGAGCCUGAUUGAUGUGGUCGGUUUGGACGAAGAACUCCUGGAAUGGGUUCCAAAACCCGUUAAAGCGCUAAUUUUGCUGUUCCCGUGCUCAGAAGCGUAUGAGAAAUAUCGCGACGCAGAGGAUGAAAAACUGAAGCAGAACCCGCCCAAGUAUCCGGACGACUUGUUUUAUAUGAAACAAUGCGUACAUAACGCUUGCGGGACGAUUGCUCUGGUUCAUAGUUUGGCGAACAAUAAAGACAUCCCAAUCGAGGAAGGAAUCCUUCAAAACUACCUAAAGGCAGCCACAUCCCUAUCACCCGAAGAACGCGGCCGUACUUUGGAAGCUGACGAAGCAUUCACCACCGCACAUCAUGAAUUGGCUCAGCAGGGUCAGACAGCUGCAAACCCCGAUGAAGGCGCUAACCACCAUUUCGUAGCUUUGAUUAACAAGGACGGCCAUCUGUUCGAGUUGGAUGGCAGGAAGUCCGCACCAGUUGAUCACGGUGAAACAUCCGAGGGGAAAUUUUUGAAUGAUGCUGCUCGUGUCUGCAAGGAGUUCAUGGAACGUGAUCCUGAUGAGGUGCGUUUCACUGUGAUUGCUUUGGUACCAAAACAGGAAUAGAAAAAUCUCACGCAUGAAUGUUAGUUUAUGAUUGAAAAGAAAAUAUUAUUGCUCGCUUAUUCGAAGGGCACAAAAUUUCUCAUUUAUAUCGAAAUGUUCAACGCAUUCAUGAAACGAGAAGACUAAAACAUGUAUUGAAGCUUCUGUUUUUGGAUUUUUCAAGUAGUGCUCUUUACAGCUUUUGAUAUGAAUUAUAUAAUAUAAAAGAUCUACAAUUGGGAUAUUAUUUUUGUGGUGUACAACACUGAAUUAUCGUUUAAUUUGUGAUAUGAACACGUGAAUAUAUGCUUAAUCAAUGCCUUUAA